UGGUGCCAUUCUACGACCUGUAGACACAGAUGAUAUAUGUCUAGAAAUCGCCUUGCUCAGGAAGCCACUGCUGGGAGGCCCAGCUUUUCUCACCAUCCUUCCUGCCUCCUUGUUGGCUGACAGGACUCUAUGCCAGCUGUUUCCUUUUUGGAUGGAUUAGUUAAAAUAUCCUCAACCUUGGCUCCAUGUUAGAAUCACCAGUGUUGAAGCCCCAUGGCCAGAGGUUCUGAUGUAAGCAGGCUGCGGCCUUGACUUUGUAGCUUUUCAAAAACCCUCUGAGUGAUUCUACUGUAGAUUCAAGGGGGAGAAGCACAAGGUAUGUUACUUGUUCCCUAUAAGACUGAAAGCUCCAUGAAGAGGGAAAGAAGGAAACUUUGUGACCAUUGUACCCAGCACUUCACCGUGUGCCUGACAUUGCAGGAAAGGCUUAGUAUCUCCUUGUGGAAUGAACGAAUCAAUUCCUCUGAGCAACAGGAAGGCUGGAAGAGGGUUGGAUCUCUUCGUUUCCUGUUGGUGCUGAUGUAGGAGAGUAUGUUAUAUUAGACUGUGAAAUCCUCCAAAUAUCAGCUGUCAUCUAGGAAGAAGCUCCUGGAAGAGAUCACGGGGGAACCGGCUAACCUUGGGGCCCAUUGAGCAGCCCUCUCAAGAGACAAGCCUCCCAGUUGGCAGUGUCUUCAUGAAGCAAGAUGAACACAACGAUGUGCAGAAGAAAACCUUUACCAAAUGGAUUAACGCACGAUUUUCAAAGAGUGGAAAACCACCCAUCAAUGAUAUGUUCACAGACCUCAAAGAUGGAAGGAAGCUCCUGGAUCUUCUGGAAGGCCUCACAGGAACAUCACUGCCAAAGGAACGUGGCUCCACGAGGGUCCAUGCUUUAAAUAACGUGAACAGAGUGCUGCAGGUUUUACAUCAGAACAAUGUGGAUUUAGUGAAUAUAGGAGGAACUGACAUCGUAGACGGAAAUCACAAACUGACUUUGGGAUUACUUUGGAACAUCAUUUUGCACUGGCAGGUAAAAGAUGUCAUGAAAGAUGUCAUGUCAGACCUUCAACAGACAAACAGUGAGAAGAUCCUACUGAGCUGGGUGCGCCAGUCUACUAGGCCAUACAGCCAGGUCAACGUCCUCAACUUCACCACCAGCUGGACAGAUGGACUUGCCUUUAAUGCCGUGCUCCACCGACAUAAACCUGAUCUCUUCAGCUGGGAUAGAGUUGUCAAAAUGUCCCCAAUUGAGAGACUUGAACAUGCCUUCAGCAAAGCUCAAACUUAUUUGGGAAUUGAAAAGCUGUUAGAUCCUGAAGAUGUUGCUGUUCAGCUUCCUGACAAGAAAUCCAUAAUUAUGUAUUUAACAUCUUUGUUUGAGGUGCUUCCUCAGCAAGUCACUCUAGAUGCCAUCCGGGAAGUAGAGACACUCCCAAGGAAAUAUAAGAAAGAAUGUGAAGAAGGAGAGAUUAGUCUCCAGAGCUCAGCACUGGAGGAGGAGCAUGAGGGCCCUGGAGCUGAAACCCCGAGCACUGUCACCGCGGUUGACAUGGAUCUGGACAGCUAUCAGAUAGCGCUGGAGGAAGUGCUCACCUGGUUGCUGUCCGCCGAGGACACGUUCCAGGAGCAGGAUGACAUUUCUGAUGAUGUAGAAGAAGUCAAAGACCAGUUUGCCACCCAUGAGGAUUUUAUGAUGGAGCUGACGGCCCACCAGAGCAGUGUGGGGAGCGUCCUGCAGGCGGGAAACCGGCUGCUAACACAAGGAACUCUGUCAGAUGAAGAGGAAUUUGAGAUUCAGGAACAAAUGACCCUGCUAAACGCUAGAUGGGAGGCACUUAGGGUGGAUAGUAUGGACAGACAGUCCCGGCUGCACGACGUGUUGAUGGAGCUACAAAAGAAGCAGUUGCAGCAGCUCUCCGCCUGGUUAUCGCUCACAGAAGAACGCAUUCAGAAGAUGGAAACUUGCCCCCUGGAUGACGAUUUAAAAUCCCUACAAAAGCUGCUAGAAGACCAUAAACGUUUGCAAAAUGAUCUUGAGGCUGAACAGGUGAAGGUAAAUUCACUAACGCACAUGGUGGUGAUUGUUGAUGAAAACAGUGGUGAGAGCGCCACUGCGGUCCUCGAAGAUCAGUUACAGAAACUUGGUGAACGUUGGACAGCAGUGUGCCGUUGGACUGAGGAACGUUGGAAUAGGUUACAAGAAAUCAAUAUAUUGUGGCAGGAAUUAUUGGAAGAACAGUGCUUGUUGAAAGCUUGGCUAACUGAAAAAGAAGAGGCUUUAAAUAAAGUCCAGACAAGCAACUUCAAAGACCAAAAGGAACUAAGUGUCAGCAUUCGACGGCUGGCUAUUUUGAAAGAAGACAUGGAAAUGAAACGUCAAGCAUUGGAUCAGCUAAGUGAGAUUGGCCAGGAUGUGGGUCAAUUACUUGAUAAUCCCAAGGCAUCUAAGAAGAUCAACAGUGACUCAGAGGAACUAACUCAGAGAUGGGAUUCUUUGGUUCAGAGACUAGAAGAUUCCUCCAACCAGGUGACUCAGGCGGUGGCAAAGCUGGGGAUGUCCCAGAUCCCUCAGAAGGAUCUUUUGGAGACUGUUCGCGUACGAGAACAAGUAACUACGAAAAGGUCAAAGCAAGAACUGCCCCCUCCACCUCCCCCGAAGAAGAGACAGAUUCCCGGGGAUCUCGAGGCUAAGAAAAAGUUUGAUGCUGUGAGUGCAGAACUGUUGAACUGCAUUUUGAAAUCAAAGACUGCCAUUCAGGCUGCAGAGAUAAAAGGGUAUAAGAAGAUGCAAGAGACUUCAGAAAUGAAAAAGAAGUUGAAGGGAUUAGAAAAAGAACAGACAGAAAGAAGCCCCAGACUGGAUGAAUUAAACCAAACCGGACAAAUCCUUUUGGAGCAAAUGGGGAAAGAGGGUAUUCCUACAGAAGAAAUAAAAAAUGUUCUGGAGAAGGUGUUCUCAGAAUGGAAGGAUGUAUCUCAGCGCCUGGAAGACCUGGCAAGAAAGAUUCAGCUACAGGAAGAUCUAAAUGCUUACUUUCAGCAGCUUGAUGAUCUCGAAAAGACCUUAAAGGCAAAGGAGGAGUGGGUAAAACACACUCCCUUUUCAGAAUCUCCCCAGCAGCCCUUGCCGAGUUUGAAGGAGGCCUGUCAGCGGGAAUUGACAGAUCUACUGGGCCUCCACACCAGAAUCGAAAUGGCGCGUGCGGGUUGCUCAGCCCUGAGGUCUCGUCCUUCUGCUCCGGAUUUUGUCCAGCAGGCCUUCGAGAGCCUUCUGAACCGCUACCAAGCUGUGCGACAGGAGAUCGAGCACCGUCAGCAACAGCUGGAGAACGAACUGAAGAGCCAACCUGGACGUGCAUAUUUGGAAACAUUGAAAACACUGAAAGAUAUACUAAAUGAUUCAGAAAGUAAGGCCCAGACAUCUUUGAAUGUCUUGAAUGAUCUUGCAAAGGUGGAGAAGGCCCUGCAGGAAAAAAAGGCCCUUGAUGAAAUCCUUGCGAAUCAAAAACCUACAUUAUAUAAACUUGCAGAAGAAACAAAGGCUUUGGAGAAAAAUGUUUCUCCGGAUGUAGAAAAAAUGUAUAAGCAAGAAUUUGAUGAUGUUCAGGGAAAGUGGAACAAACUAAAGGUCAAGGUUUCCAAAGAUCUGCAUUUGCUUGAAGAAAUUACCCCCAAACUCAGAGCUUUUGAGGUGGAUUUGCAAGUCAUUGAGAAGUGGAUGGAUGGUGUGAAAGACUUCUUAAUGAAAGAGCAGGCUGUCCAAGGAGACCCGGAAGGGCUACAAAGUCAGCUGGACCAGUGUUCUGCCUUUGUUAAUGAAAUAGAAACAAUAGAAUCAUCUCUGAAAGACAUGAAAGAAACAGAGGCUAACCUUCGAAGCUGUCCAGUUGCUGGAAUCAAAACUUGGACGCAGACAACACUAGUGGACUACCAAACCCAAUUGGAGAAACUUAGCAAGGAAAUUGUUAUUCAAAAAAAUAGGUUGUCUGAAAGUCAGGAAAAAGCAGUGAACCUGAAGAAAGACUUGGCAGAGAUGCAGGAAUGGAUGACCCAGGCAGAAGAAGAAUACCUGGAGAGGGAUUUUGAGUACAAGUCACCAGAAGAACUAGAGAGUGCAGUGGAAGAAAUGAAGAGGGCGAAAGAGGACGUGUUACAGAAGGAGGUGAGAGUGAAGAUUCUCAAGGACAACAUCAUGUUACUAGCUGCAAAGGCGCCCUCUGGUGGCCAGGAAUUGACAUCUGAGCUGAAUGUUGUGCUGGAGAAUUACCAACUUCUGUGUAACCGAAUUCGAGGAAAGUGCCACACGCUAGAGGAGGUAUGGUCUUGCUGGAUUGAGCUGCUUCACUAUUUGGAUCUUGAGACCAGCUGGCUGAGCACCUUGGAGGAGCGGAUGAAGAGCACCGAGGCCCUGCCUGAGAACGCAGAUGCAAUCAAUGAAGCGCUGGAGUCUCUGGAAUCUGUUUUGCGACACCCAGCGGAUAACCGCACCCAGAUUCGAGAACUUGGCCAGACUCUGAUUGAUGGAGGGAUUCUUGAUGAUAUAAUCAGUGAGAAACUGGAGGCUUUUAAUAGUCGAUACGAAGACCUGAGUCACCUGGCAGAGAGCAAGCAGAUUUCUUUGGAAAAGCAACUCCAGGUCCUACGGGAAACUGACCACAUGCUUCAAGUCUUGCAGGAGAGCUUAGGGGAGCUGGACAAGCAGCUCACAACGUACUUGACUGAUAGGAUAGAUGCCUUCCAGGUUCCACAGGAAGCUCAGAAAAUCCAAGCAGAGAUUUCAGCCCAUGAGCUGACUCUGGAGGAGCUGAGAAGAAACACACGCUCCCAGCCUCCGACUUCCCCAGAAGGCAGGAAUGCCAGAGGAGGAAGUCAGAUGGAUGUGUUACAGAGGAAACUUCGAGAGGUGUCCACAAAGUUCCAGCUUUUCCAGAAGCCUGCCAACUUUGAACAGCGCAUGCUUGAUUGCAAGCGUGUGUUGGAUGGUGUAAAAGCAGAACUUCAUGUUCUGGACGUGAGGGAUGUGGAUCCUGAUGUCAUACAGAGCCAUCUGGACAAGUGUAUGAAACUCUAUAAAACUUUGAGCGAAGUCAAGCUGGAAGUGGAGACUGUCAUCAAAACAGGAAGGCACAUUGUCCAGAAGCAACAAACCGACAACCCCAAGGGGAUGGAUGGGCAGCUGACUUCUCUGAAGAUUCUCUACAAUGACCUGGGUGCCCAGGUGACAGAGGGAAAACAGGACCUGGAAAGAGCAUCCCAGUUGGCCCGGAAAAUGAAGAAAGAGACUGCUUCUCUGUCUGAAUGGCUUUCUGUUACUGAAGUUGAAUUGGUACAGAAAUCCACGUCAGAAGGCUUGCUUGGGGACUUGGACAUGGAAAUCUCCUGGGCUAAAAAUAUUCUGAAGGAUCUGGAAAAGAGAAAAGCUGACUUAAAUACCAUCACAGAGAGCAGUGCUGCCCUGCAGAGCUUGAUCGAGGGCAGCGAGCCUGUUCUAGAGGAGAGGCUCUGUGUGCUCAACGCCGGGUGGAGCCGAGUCCGCACGUGGACGGAGGAUUGGUGCAAUACACUGAUGAAUCAUCAGAACCAGCUGGAAAUAUUUGACGGCAAUGUUGCUCACAUAAGUACCUGGCUUUAUCAAGCUGAAGCUCUAUUGGAUGAGAUUGAAAAAAAACCAGCAAGUAAACGGGAAGAAAUCGUGAAGCGUUUAAUAUCUGAGCUGGAUGAUGCCAACCUCCAAGUUGAAAAUGUCCGUGAUCAAGCCGUUGUUCUGAUGAAUGCACGUGGAGGCUCAAGCAGGGAACUUGUACAACCAAAAUUAGCUGAACUGAAUAGAAACUUUGAAAAGGUGUCUCAACAUAUCAAAAGUGCCAACUUGCUAAUUGGCCAGGAACCAUUAUCCUACCACUGUAUGGUCACCACCGAAGCAUUUGAAGCUGAAGUACUUUUCUCUGACCUGGAAAAAUUAGAAAGCGACAUAGAAAAUAUGUUAAAAGUUGUGGAAAAGCACUUGGAAUUUGGUGAUGAAGAUGAAAAGGUGGAUGAGGAGAGAGCCCAGAUUGAGGAAGUCCUGCAAAGAGGAGAACAAAUGUUACAUCAGCCUAUGGAGGAUAAUGAAAAAGAAAAGAUUCGUUUGCAGUUACUACUUUUGCGCACAAGAUACAAUAAAACUAAGGCGGUCCCUAAUCAACAGAGAAUAGGUCAUCUUGCUCCUGGAAGUCGAUCGCCACCUCUCCCCACAGAUUAUCUAGUUGAGAUUAACAAAGUUUUACUCUUCAUGGAUGAUACUGAAUUAUCACUGAAUGCUCCUGAGCUAAGCACUGUUGUCUAUGAAGACUUCUCUUUACAGGAAGACUCUCUGAAGAAUAUCAAAGAUCAGCUGGACAAACUCGGGGAGCAGAUUGCAGUCAUUCAUGAAAAGCAACCAGAUGUGAUCCUCGAAGCUUCUGGACCUGAAGCCAUUCAAAUCCGGGAUACACUUACUCAGUUGAAUGCAAAAUGGGACAGAAUUAAUAGAAUGUACAAUGAUCGUAAAGGUCAUUUUGAUAGGGCUAUGGAAGAAUGGAGACAGUUCCAUUGUGACCUUAAUGACCUCACACAGUGGAUAACAGAGGCUGAAGAGUUACUGGCUGAAACCUUUGCUCCCGAUGGUGGCCUGGACUUGGAGAAAGCCAGGGUCCACCAGCAGGAGCUCGAAGAGGGGAUCAGCAGCCACCAGCCCAGUUUUGCAGCCCUAAAUAGAACCGGGGAUGGCAUUGUACAGAAACUCUCCCCCACGGAUGGAAGGUUUUUGAAAGACAAGCUGUCAGGUUUAAACCAGCGCUGGACUGCGAUCUUUGCAGAAGUGAGGGACCGGCGGCCAAGGCUAAAAGGAGAAAGUAAGCAGGUGAUGGAAUAUAGAAAAAGACUAGAUGACAUUAUUUGUUGGUUAACGAAAGCUGAGAACGCUUUGCAAAAGACAUCAACCAGUGAGCUGGAAGAAAACCUGCAAGAAUUAACAGACUUAACCCAGGAGAUGGACGUACAAGCUGAAAAACUCAAAUGGCUGAACAGAACUGAAUUGGAAAUGCUUUCAGAUAAAAGUCUGAGUUUACAUGAAAGAGAAAAAAUUUCAGAAAGCUUAAGAAGUGUAAAUUCAACAUGGAAUAAGAUAUGCAGAGAAGUGCCUAGCACAUUGAAGGAACGUAUCCAGGAACCUUGUUCUGUGUCUCAGACAAGAAUUGCUGCUCAUCCUGGUGUCCAAAAGGUGGUGCUAGUAUCCUCUGCGUCAGACAUUCCUGUUCUGUCUCCUCGUACUUCGGAAAUUUCAGUUCCUGCUGAUCUGGACAAAACGAUCACAGAGCUAGCUGACUGGCUGGUCCUGAUCGACCAGAUGUUGAGGUCCAACAUUGUCACUGUUGGGGAUAUAGAAGAGAUCAAUAAGACAGUUUCCCGAAUGAAAAUCACAAAGGCUGACUUAGAACAACGUCAUCCUCAGCUUGAUUAUGUUUUUACAUUGGCACAGAAUUUGAAAAAUAAAGCUUCCAGUUCAGAUGUGAGAACAGCAAUCACAGAAAAAUUGGAAAAGGUCAAGAACCAGUGGGACAACACUCAGCAUGGUGUCGAGUUAAGACAGCAGCAACUGGAGGAUAUGAUUAUUGACAGUCUUCAGUGGGAUGACCACAGGGAGGAAACCGAGGAACUUAUGAGAAAAUAUGAGGCUCAACUCUAUAUUCUCCAACAAGCCCGAAGGGAUCCACUUAUCAAGCAGAUUUCUGAUAAUCAAAUAUUGCUUCAAGAACUGGGUCCUGGUGAUGGUAUCAUAAUGGCAUUCGAUAACGUCCUGCAGAAACUGCUGGAGGACUAUGGUAGCGAUGACACCAGGAAUGUGAAAGAAACCACCGAGUACUUAAAAACAUCAUGGAUCAACCUCAAACAAAGCAUUGCUGACAGACAGAGUGCCUUGGAAGCGGAGUUGAGGGCAGUGCAGGCCUCUCGCCGGGAUCUGGAGAACUUCCUAAAGUGGAUCCAAGAAGCGGAAACCACAGUUAACGUGCUUGCGGACGCCUCUCAGCGGGAGAAUGCUCUUCAGGACACUGGGUUGGCCAGGGAGCUCACACAGCAGAUGCAGGACAUCCAGGCGGAAAUUGACGCACAUAAUGACAUAUUUAAAAGUAUUGAUGGAAACAGGCAGAAGAUGGUAAAAGCUUUGGGAAAUUCUGAAGAGGCUACUAUGCUACAGCAUCGCCUGGAUGAUAUGAACCAAAGAUGGAAUGACUUAAAAGCCAAAUCUGCCAGCAUCAGGGCCCAUUUGGAGGCCAGUGCUGAGAAGUGGAACAGGUUGCUUACAUCCUUAGAAGAACUGAUCAAAUGGCUGAAUAUUAAAGAUGAAGAGCUUCAAAAGCAAAUGCCCAUUGGAGGGGAUGUCCCAGCCUUACAGCUCCAGUAUGAUCACUGUAAAGCCCUGAGACGAGAGUUAAAGGAGAAAGAGUAUUCUGUUCUGAAUGCUAUAGACCAAGCUCGAGUUUUCCUGGCUGAUCAGCCAAUUGAGGCCCCUGAAGAACCAAGAAGAAACCUACAAUCAAAAACAGAAUUGACUCCUGAGGAGAGAGCCCAAAAAAUUGCCAAGGCCAUGCGCAAACAGUCCUCUGAAGUCAAAGAGAAGUGGGAAAGUCUAAAUGCAGUCACUAGCAAUUGGCAAAAGCAAGUGGACAAGGCCCUGGAGAAGCUCAGAGACCUGCAGGGCGCCAUGGAUGACCUGGACGUUGACAUGAAGGAGGCGGAGGCUGUGCGCAAUGGCUGGAAACCCGUGGGAGACUUACUCAUCGACUCCCUGCAGGACCACAUUGAGAAAACCAUGGCAUUUAGAGAAGAAAUUGCACCAAUCAACUUAAAAGUUAAAACAGUGAAUGAUUUAUCCAGUCAGCUAUCUCCACUUGACCUGCAUCCAUCUCUGAAGAUGUCUCGCCAGCUAGAUGACCUUAAUAUGCGAUGGAAACUUCUGCAGGUGUCUGUGGAUGAUCGCCUUAAACAGCUUCAGGAAGCCCAUAGAGAUUUUGGGCCAUCCUCUCAGCAUUUUCUUUCUACUUCAGUCCAGCUGCCAUGGCAAAGAUCCAUUUCACAUAAUAAAGUGCCCUAUUACAUCAAAGGAAUCGUGGAUUCAUUUCGAUGAUGUAGGUGAAAUAUU